AUGGAAUACGUAAGACUUGGAAACAGUGGCCUGAAGGUCUCUAAAAUCAUCCUUGGAUGUAUGGCUUUUGGUUCACCUAAAUGGGAAGGCUCACCAUGGGUUCUCGAGGAAGCAGAAGGCCUGGAACUUCUCAAGGCUGCAUAUGAUAAUGGAAUCAACACGUGGGAUACGGCCGACAUGUACUCAAAUGGUCAAUCCGAAAUAAUCAUCGGCAAAGCCCUGAAGAAGUUCAACAUCCCUCGACAGAAAGUGGUGAUACUGUCAAAGAUCUUCAAUCCAGUCAUGGACGACGACUCAAGACCCCCGAGUAUAAACGACGGGCCGCUAGUCAACCAGAUGGGUCUCAGCAGAAAGCAUGUUUUCCAUGCGGUUGACAAGUGCUUAGAACGUCUCGGCACGGAUUACAUCGAUGUGCUUCAAAUUCACCGUCUUGACCGCGAGACACCACCCGAGGAAAUCAUGCGGGCACUACACGAAGUCGUUCAGUCCGGCAAGGUCCGCUAUAUCGGAGCGUCAUCCAUGUACACCUGGGAAUUCGCCCGUCUGCAGUACAUCGCAAAGUCCAACGGCUGGACCGAGUUUGUUUCUAUGCAACCGUUCUACAACCUUCUUUACCGCGAGGAAGAGCGAGAGAUGCUGCCUUUCUGUCGCGCGACUGGCGUCGGGGUGAUUCCUUGGUCUCCGAUCGCCCGAGGUAUCCUCGCCAAGCCGUUGCCAAAAGAAGGCCAGGAAGGCACUUCGCUGCGAAGCCAGACAGACAAGAAGUCUCAGGCUUGGUUUGCCGAUGCCAACAUGGACAUUGUCAACCGCGUGGAGGAGAUCGCGAAGAAGAAGGGAGUGAGUAUGGCACUUGUAUCUACCGCAUGGGUGCUUCACAAAGGGUGCUGGCCCAUUGUAGGAUUGAGUUCGGAAAAGCGAAUCAAGGAGACUAUUGAGGCUCUCAAGGUCAAGCUGACGGAAGAGGAGUGCGAAUAUCUGGAAUCCGAAUAUAGACCUAGGCAAAUUCAGGGCAUGUAG